CAAAUAUUGAAAGUGUAUGAAGGACGUAUAUAAUUUCUGAUCGCGAAAUACGAUUCCAGUAUGUGAAGUAUAUUAAAGAGUGCAGUAACAUAUAGAGGAGCACUGCUCAGCCCUUGUAUUACAUACACGGAAUACGCUAGAUUCUAACCAUCUUGUUCACCACAGCAAUGACAGAAUUUUUGGCGUGUCUGAUAUUGAACAUAAUUUUCGAUAUAACAUAUGGUUAUGAUACAACAUGCCCACAUCAAUCGCAUAGAACUAUGAGAGCAGAGGCAAUUUGUGGUAAUUAUUCCAUUACAAGAUACCAGUGUCUGUACACCAUAGGAUAUGAAAGUUACAUUGAAUCCUGUCGUCAGUACACCAUAGAAGAUGAUUAUGACUGGUGGACUACAUUAGGAUAUGUAAGACUAGGACAAAAAUUUGUACGCUCUGGAGAGUUUCUAUUUUAUGUAGACUGUAACAAAAAUAGAUAUCAACCGUUUAAACUGCGGUCAAAUGUUAGUAGUCAGUGUGAAAUACAGCGGUCGCAAUGCAAUGAAAUAGGACAGGUUAUUUACAAUAAUGGUACAACGAUGGAUGAUAUAGUAUGCCGCUGUGAUUACAGAAAAGGAUUUGCAUUUUUAUCUGAACCAGAAAAUCCUUGCUACUGUAUCCCUUCAAAAGAGGACUGUACUUGUUACAAAAAACAAUGUUCUGGAUUGCUUACUCCAGAUUACAUUUGUACAAAAAGCAAUUCUGCAAAAUAUACAUGUCCACCAAUAAUGAAAAUACAAAGAACCUUAUCUAAGACUACCAGGCAAGGUGAAGAAAAAAAGAGCGAGAUACAGAACACAAAAAUCGAAGUACUUGCCAGAGAUGACUUGCAAUUCGGAGUGUUGCUAAUAUUUUCAGUGUUUAUCUGUAUAUUUUUUGGUAAUUUGAAGACCGAUAUAAAAGGUAAUACAAGCAUAAAAGAUGAACCGAAAGAGUAUUUCCAGAGAUUACAGAUUACAGGUAAAGAAGAGGAACCAAAAGCACUUAAACAAUCGGAGUAUUCAGAUUUGAAUUCAAGAAUUGAUAUCCAACAAAACUUAAAAAGUGCACCAACAGAUACUUUUUACAGUAGAAGAACAUUGACGUCUCCUGACGAUAGUAUAUUGACUUCUUCAACUUUUGAAAAGACAGAAUGCACCAAAAAUUGGUUUGUAGACUGCAUAAUUGACGAAAGGUUACACGCACUGACUAGAUCUUCAAUGGAUAGUUUCAAAAAUUUAAAGAAGAAUUUACUUAUCAAAUGCAAUAAUUAUAUUGUUAAUUGCGACGUCGACAGACGACUUCAUACUAAAAUUAUUCAUUCAGAUUUUCUAUUGAAAAAAGAUAUCCGCUGGAAAGAUUUAAAAGAUUUUGAAAAACUUAUAUACACAUCGUUUCAUGUUGACAGAAAAACGCUGUCAUCAACAUUUUGGAUUUUAAAUUUUUUGCCUGUGAUUCAAAAUCAAGACUCAAAUUUAUGUCGUUUUCUACUGACAAUUGUUGAUAAGAUAGGAAAUGAUAAAUGGAAAACAUGCUUUCAUCAUUUGCUAGCAGGUUUAUCUAUUUCAAUGAGAAUUAAAGACAAAGAUACUUCAAAAGUAAUAGCUUGGUUCAUAACAAAGAAAUGUUUCCAUAGUCUCAAAAGGCCAAUUCAAGAAAACAUUAUUGAUAUAUGGCCUGGAUUUUUGUGCACUUGCCAAAGACAAAAAGAGGUAUUUUGUAUUGAUGAAAACGAAACAAAAUAUGUAGAAAUAACUAUCAACAUUAACGCUUUAAGCCCAGAUUUACCACACAAUUUUUGGAACAUUGAUAUCACAUACAUAACAAAUACCACAGUCAACAAUGCUGAGCAUAGUCAAAUACUUGAACAUUUACAAAGUUCCAGUGGUAAAAUUCACAUUCCAGAUAAAAAAUCAAUAGGAGGUGCUGAUGCAAAGCAGCUUUUCAAUGAACACAGUAAUUUAUCUUUGAUUCACAAGUCUCCAUUUAAAUCAACUGGAUAUCGAAAACAGAAACAGAAAGUUUUUGCACAAUCUUGUUUUCAACUUUACUGCAAGAGAAAGGGAAUAAUACCUAUAGGCGAAAAUCAUUUUCCAAUCACGUUGCAUGGGUUACAAACAGAUGUUGUGGAAGGAAGUCCUAAUUACCUAUCAAACUUGAAGGUUGGUAAUCAGAUAGGAACAGAUGAAUUUAAAAGGGGAACACUUGGAGGUUUUGUUCAAGUGCGAGGAGAUAAAGCCUUUCUGACAUGUCUUCACGUAUUUUUGAGCGCCAAUGAACUUGCAUCGGAAAAUCUUUCACUGGACGACGAAAAAACAGUACCAGUGAAACUUUAUAGGGAGAAUGGCAAUUCACAUAUAUGCGGUAAAAUCAGAGAAAUAGCAUUCGAAGUCGACAACGAGAAGGAAACUAGUAUUGACGCAGCUUUGGUUGAAAUACCCGCAGACCGUAUUGAUAAUUUUGAUUAUGUUGAUAUAGGGAGCGAGAAAUUAUCUUUUAGAGAUAUUGGGAUGAAGUCAGAGUACUUAAAUAAUAGCUGUGUUGACUACAGGCCAUUAUGCUUUUCCAAACCACAACCAAUUUUACAGACAGUCUGUGUUGGCGCAGUGUCGGGAUUUCGGAAUACCACAGAGCCAUUGGUUUAUGAAAAUACGGACAAAUCUAUUGAUCUGGAAUCAAUUGAAGAAACUUAUAGCAAGGCCAUUCUCGACGAAAUUAAAACAAAUGUUAAAGUUGUUAUACAAUCUAUUCAACAAAUUCCUAUAGCAGUUUCCCUGGACGAUUAUACCAUCAAAAUGAACAUUGAACAGAACUGUGACUCUAAUAUAUCAUCUGAAAUUAAAGACAUCGUCAUUGCUGUUAUAAAAAAUAUGUAUUCAACAAUGCAAUGUACCAACGAUGUUGAUAUAGACAGAUUAAUUCAUGAACAUGUAUUUUGUAAAACACAGAGUAAUUUUUCGGCAAUAAUAGGAGAUGUUCACAUGCAACAUGCAUUUCUCAAGAAGACUGGUAAAAACAUGGCUAUAAAGAGAACAUCACGCCGAGUUUACAAUCAGAUUUACAUAUCAAAUAUACCAUUUCAGCCUGGUGAUUCAGGAACAUGUAUAUAUGUACUUAGUCCGGUUCAGGGUUGUAUAGGAAUGGCAAUUGCUGAUCAUCCACUAGGGGGUUGCAUAGCAACUCCUAUAAUGGACAUUCUCAAACAUUUCAAAAUAAGAAUCAAGUGAAAAAUGAUAGAAUUUUCAUUAUUUGACAAAAAGGCAAACUGAUGUGCUAAAUCUUAGAAGGGUGGUUAGGUUACAAUUUGCAUCUCCCAUCAAUCAUUUUGUGAUAAAAAAAAUGUUUACCAUACUUUUCCCCCUAACUAUUAGAAUAACAACCAUAUCGAAAAUCGCUCAAUAUACAAGUAGUUUUCAGACCAUGAAUCUCCAAUAUAGACUUCCGUUAAAUAUUCGUUGUUAUUUGCAUAUAAUUCCGUUAUCUGACAUAUAAAUGCUCCAUUUCCCAAAAACAUGGCCAAGGAGAAUCUGUAGUCGUUUCCAGGCAAACUUUCUUGUUUCCUAAACAUUUUAAAUCUUAAACAGAUAUCGUUUGAAUUCGCAAUGAUGUGAAAAGUAUUGUAAUUUUUUUAUUUUCAAAAGACUUCAUAAUUGAAAGUGCGUUAGUCACUUCUGAAGUCUACCGCAUUACAAUAUUAGGUGCAAUACCACCAUUGUUUUCCCCUAUUAGUCUUUGUUAAAUUUGCACUUUUCAAAAAAUAGUGCAGAAUUUAACUUUGUUUCAAAUAAAGAAAUAAUUGGCAUGAUUAAAGUUUUAUCCUGUCCAGUUUUAUAGAAAAAGUUUCACAUAACAUUUCAUUGCAUAUAAGAAAAUAACCAUCAUCGGAAGUUAACCAAUCAAAUUUCUCCCCUUAUUCUAUGUGUGUACAAGGUUAAGUCACCAUGUAACCUCAAGAUAACAAAAUUUUCUAUAGAAAUCACAAAUAAAAAAUAAUGGUGUUUUGAAAUACCCAAGACAUAUG